AAAGUUUCGCCGGUUUUGGAAGGGGCGGGGCUUCGCGCUGUCAUGGCCGCCCCCAUUAGAGACACCCACGUGGUGUAGUUUUGAGGAAGAGGCGGCGGCAGAAACCAUGGCGGCGGCUCGGGCAACUUCACGUGGAAUCACAAAAUUCAAGAAAGGGAGAGGAUUUUUGCCUUCUGCUAGAUUUAGGAAAAAGGGAAUAAAAGUUGUCGGAACUUGGAAACCUGUGAAGAUUGACCCACAGGUAUUUGCUGAAGGACAGCUUGAAGAUCUGGUAUGUUUUGAAGAGCUUCAUGAUUAUAAAUUGGUAGGUCCCUCAAAACUUUCAUCAAAAGAAAAACCCAAAAAGAGAAAAUCUAGUGCUGUGGUGUCUGAGGAAGAGGUAGGAGAAGAAACAAUUUCCCAGCCGAAAAAGAAGAAGAAGAAGAAGAACAGAGAUCUGGGAACAGAGAUAGCUGUUAAGAAAGAGAAAAAAAAUCCUUCUUCUGCAGAUGAAGACCUAAUUUUCCAGGAAGAUGUACUCAAGUGUGAACUUGACACAGACCCUGAGGAUGGUCUCCAAGAAGGUGGGGUUGUGGAAAUCACAAGUCCUCCCAAAACUGCUCAGAAAAAGAAGAAAAAAAAAUUAGGGAAAAAAGCACAAGCUUCUUCUCAAGCUGCUCCCUUGAAAGCUUCCCCUAAAGUAAAGACUUGGACAGCCAAGUUGGAUGAUCAGAAAGCUGACAUCUCCGCCUGGAAGGACCUUUUUGUACCCGAGCCCGUCCUUCGGGCCUUGAGCUCCCUGGGCUUCAGUGCUCCAACUCCUAUUCAGGCUUUGGCUUUGGCUCCUGCUAUCCGAGAUAAUCUGGAUAUCCUCGGUGCUGCAGAAACAGGAAGCGGGAAGACCCUUGCCUUUGCUAUCCCAAUGAUUCACUCAGUGUUGCGCUGGCAGGAGGAGCAGGAGCAGGCUGGAGGUCACUCUGAGGAUGGAGAGUCCUUGGGGGAUGCUGAUGGUUCUUCUGAUGACAGUAAUGAAGAGAAGGAUGGGGACCCCUCUCACAGUCGGAGCGAUGAAAAGGAGUCCGCUGACAUAGAGCUGGAGCUCGGGGAGGAAAAGCCUACUGGUCACAGCAGUCGGAGUUCGCCCUUGCUUGGACUUGUUCUGACGCCCACUAGGGAACUGGCUGUCCAAGUCAAACACCAUAUUGAUGCUGUCGCCAAGUUUACAGGCAUCAAAACUGCUCUCUUGGUUGGUGGAAUGGCUCCUCAGAAACAGCAAAGGAUGCUGACUCGGCGGCCAGAAAUUGUGAUUGCCACCCCUGGGCGUCUGUGGGAGUUAAUUAAAGAGCAACAUCAGCACCUCUCGAAUCUCAGGCAGCUCAGGUGCCUUGUGAUUGAUGAGGCUGACAGAAUGGUUGAAAGAGGCCACUUCACUGAGCUCACUCAGUUGCUGGAAAUGCUGAAUGACAGCCAGUAUAAUCCGCAAAGACAGACAUUUGUAUUUUCUGCCACUCUGACUUUGGUCCAUCAGGCACCUGCCAGAGUGUUUCAAAAGAAAAACGCCAAGAAAAUAGACAAGUUCGGCAAGCUCGACAUGUUGAUGCAGAAAAUUGGGAUGAGGGGGAAACCAAAGGUAAUAGACUUAACAAGGAAAGAGGCCACAGUGGAGACCCUGACAGAGACCAAAAUCCAUUGUGACAAGGAAGAAAAGGACUUCUAUCUCUAUUACUUUCUGCUUCAGUACCCAGGGAGAACCAUGGUCUUUGCCAACAGCAUUGACUGCAUCAAACGACUUACUGCACUCCUCUCUAUUCUGGAGCAAGAGCCACUUCCUUUGCAUGCAAACAUGCACCAGAAGCAAAGACUGAAAAACUUAGAGCGGUUUGCUGAACGAGAUAAUGGUGUUCUCCUAUCCACAGAUGUGGCUGCUCGGGGCCUGGAUAUUCCAGAUGUACAACAUGUCAUCCAUUAUCAGGUCCCUCGAACCUCAGAGAUUUACGUACACCGGAGUGGCCGAACAGCCCGAGCAGCUAAGGAAGGUCUCAGUUUGCUGCUAAUUGGACCAGAUGACAUGAUCAAUUUCAAGAAGAUUUACAAGACUCUUGAAAAGAAUGAGGAGAUUCCAUUAUUUCCCAUUGAAAUAAAAUGCAUGAAAGCAAUCAAGGAACGAGUAAAUUUAGCACGACAGAUCGAGAAAGAAGAAUACUACAAUAGCCGAGCAAAGCAGCACAACGCCUGGUUCCAGCAAGUUGCCGAUGCUCUUGAAAUAGAUCUGGACGAUGAUGUAUUCAUAGGAGGAAGAUGUAAUGAACAAGAAGAGAGUCAGAAACAAAGGCUGAUGAAGGGAAUGAAAAAACAGUUAAAACAUCUGCUUUCCCAACCUGUAUUUAAAAACCUCAUGAAGACCAAGUAUCCAACACAGUUUGGAAGGCUGACACUGCCUGAGAUUCCUCUCCACACUUCAGAAUCUGCUCUGAAUACCGUAUCUCAGCAGAAGAAGAGGAGAAAGAAGAAACAACUAAUCAUGAGUAUAAAUUAAUUUCAGACGAGCCAAAGUUCCAUUGUUAGUUUUAUGCAGCCCUCUUCCUCCCCGUCUGCUUCCGUGGGUACUCCUGCUCUGCUCACACUAGGGAGAACGAUGCCAUGGCCGAUUGGGCAGUCGCUCCAGUCAAGAGUUAUCCCAUUCAUCCUGAUGUUGUUACAUCUCUAACAUGUCUGAAUGGAUUUUUUUAAUUAAAAGCCAUGACUUAAUGGAGAUGGUUGUCAUGAAUUUUUAGCUGGAAGGUGAAACAGUUGGGAUAAUUGCAAAGAUCCAUGACAGGUGGGCUUUAUGAUAAUAUGGUCAUUCAGGCUCAUGGUUUUAGUAUUGGAAGUGGACGGCAGAGUUCUCCCUCAUUUUACAGAUAAAGACACCAGGGCUUAGAGGAAUUAAAUAAUGAUUUAAAUGUACGUCCUUUCACUCUAAAUUCAUAUAAUUGUUCUGUCAUUUCAGUUAUGUCUGAUUCCCCAUUUGGAUUUUUCUUGGCAAAGACCUUCUUCAGCUCAUUUUAUAGAUGAGGAAACUGAGGCAAACAAGGGUAAGGGACUUAUCUAGGAGCACACAGCUAGGAAGUACCUGAGGUCAGAUUUGGGCUUGGGAAGAUGAGUGUUCCUGACUUCAGUCCUGGCACUCCCUCUGUGUCACCUAGCUUCCCCUAAAUCCGUGACUCUCAUUUUUUUUAAACCUUUAUUUUUAGUCUGGAUGUAUGAUUUCAUUGGUACAGAGAACUUCCAGUAAGGAAACUCCUAAUGUCAAUGCAGAUCAGCAGUUGUUUUGCAACUUGACAUCUUGGAGUUGGCUGAGGCACAGAAAUUAAGGGAGAUGCUAACACAGUAUGAGUCAAGGAUGGAACUUAAACUCAGGCUGUGGAUCCUGUGUCCGAGGCUGACCAUCCACUACAGAACAAUAACCCACAUUUAUAUAUUAUAGUUUACAAAGUACUGCCCAGGGGAGCCAUCUCAUCAUUUCCCAUUUGGCUUUUCUCCUGGCCUUCAUCAUUGUGUCCACAAACUUGUCUUCCUGCCAUAUCAGGCAAUUCUGAAACGCACAUCUUUUCAGGACUCCCUGCAUCUGGGGAUCCUUUGUCCAAGCUCCCUGAAGGAGGGUGGAGGGUGGUUAUUGGAGAGUUCUUCCCGGAUCCUCCAGUUAAGAGACCUCAGGGCAACCAUCUCAUCUCUCAUGUAUUGUGUCCCUUUGCUAAAUAUUUUAUUGAAUGACUGACAGACCUUUUUGGAAGAUAGAUAGUACAAGUAUUGUUACCCCCAUUUUAAAGAAGAGGGAAUUUGUGGCCAGAAAUAUUUUAAAUGACUUGCUUGGAGUCUGAAAGCUUGGAAGGCUCCGAACCAGGUCUUGAACUUGGACCUCUUAAUUCUUUGCACUACCCCAUGCUAAAGUUUAAAAAAAAAAAAAAAAGAUUGGGAAUGGGCCAGCUUUGCAGUUAAAUGGGAUGGCAAUUGAGGUUAAGUGACUUGCCUGGGGUCACACAGCCAGAAAGUAUGAAGUGUUUGAGGCUAGAUUUAAACUCAGAUCCUCCUGACCUUCAGGGCUAGUGCUCUAUCCACUGAGCUACCCAGCUGCCCAAGUCUACAGCACUUUGGAAAACUUAAAUUGCUAUGUAAAUGCUGCUAUUAUGAUUACUGUUAUUAAUAAUAGCAUUUACAUGUGCUAAUGAAAGCUCAAAAUCUACUACUUUUGUUGUGUCCAACUCUUAGAUUUUGUUUUUUUAUGGGUUUUGUGGACUAGGCGUUUGGAGUUAAGUGACUUGCCUAAGGUCAUAUAUCUAAUAAGUAUUAAGUGUCUCAGGAUUUGAAUUCAAGUUCUCCUGACCUCAGGGCUAGUUCUCCAUCCGCUGCUUUAUCCAGCUGCCCCUGUGUCCAACUCUCUGGAUUGUAGCUUUUCUCUCAUUUUCAUUAUUUCCAUGGUACUAUCCACCUCAUCCUCUGACAUCCCCUUUUUCUUCUGCUUUCAAUCUUUCCCAGCAUCAGGGCCUUUUCCAGUAAUUUUUGUCUUCUCAUUAUGUGGCCAGAGCUUUAAUAUUCGACCUUCGGGUGAAUAAUCUGAAUUAGUUUCUUUGUAAUUAUUGUCAGAUUUGACCUUACCUUCUAACACCACUAGUAGAUUAUUUUUGAGCUUUCAUUAGCUGUCCCAAUCAGCUAUGCCUCAACUCUGUGGAGAUUAUCAUAGCUGUAUAAGACCUGUGUCUUAUGGCUGGAAAUACGAAUCUUGGAGAAACCAUGAAUUUGAAACACUCACCUUGUUUUACAGAAAGAAAACAGUCCCAGGGAAAUGUGGCUAAGAGAGAUUGAUUUAUUUGAGGUAGGGCUGAGAAGUAGAAAAAGAAUUUGCACACAGAAUUCUAACACUAAAACUUUUUGUCAUAUCAGUAUGGGUAAAACCAGAGAAGGAAAAAGUGCUUGAGUGGGGAGAUACACAACCAUAAGCUGUGUUGAUAGGUAGGCUGAAUAAAUCAUGUUUUUUAUGUACAGAUUUGGGUAAAUAAUGAAAAAUACCAUAUUUUUUUUUAAUUUGAUGGUUUUGAAGGGCAAAGUAUGAGACUGGAAUUUUCUUAGUAUUAAAAACCAAUGAUGGCCGAUGGUACUCAUGGUUGGCUUGAGGUAGCAACAGAAGAGAAGGGAAGGAGAAUGGGUGAGGAGGAAGCAAAAAUUAUAGUGGUUUGGGGCAACCAAUGAUUACACUUUACAAUGAUUACAUCUUACAGAGCAUGCUCAGAGUUUUCAUGAGUUAUUAAGUGAAAAAAAAAUAUGACAAAAUUUAGAAUGUCAAACCACUUGAUUCUUCACUAGGUGGGAUGGCUGAUCAGCACUAGGCUCAAACUUCUUGGUGAGCUCUGGUGGUACAGUUGUCAAGAUGGCUCAGGGUCCCUGGCAGGCAUCCCAUGGAUGAGGAGCUUCUGUAGUAGACAUGGAAACAUUCAUCCUAAAGCCCUUCCCAUCCAGUUCCUUGUUUGAUCCUUACAAUAACCUUGUGAGGUAGGUAGUGAGGUCACCACGAUCAUACCUCGUUUAUAGAUGAGGAUACUAAUGUUUAUAAUUUUAUGUAGUUUGUCUAGGGUCUCACAACUGGUAAUUGUUAAGAGUCUGGACUAAAUCCCAGGUUCUCACUGAUUACAAGUCCAGUGCCCAUUCUGCUAUUCCAUGGUGCUUUUUACUCAUGACUAUCUGCUACCAUGCAUUUGUUGGUGGUGAGUUAACAUUAUAGAUAAGGCAAUGAGGCUUAGAAAUAGUAGCUACAAAGGUAACCUUAGAUAACUGAGUCUCAGAAUGGCCUAUUCACCUGGCCCGGGCUCAAACGCCAAAGACUCCCAGCUGUGGUUCUGUUACCCUAAGAUAUUAAACUAGAUCUCUGGUUAGAUUACUAAGACUGUGUUAAUUACCCAGAUCAUUUCUUAGUGGGAACGUGUUUUAUAAGUGGUGAGUAUCUAACACACUUUCUUUAGCAGACAAAUGAUUCAUCAAACACUUCAAUAGCUUUAUUCAGAGAAGGGAAAAGUGGGGCAGGUAUUCAGAAAUCAGCUAACUUACCCCCUACAAGGGUUUGGUCUGUGCCCCUUGGUGUGUUGCAAAUGAAGUUCUGAGACUGCUCACCCACUGAGGAGGUGUUUACCCGUAAUGACAUGGUUUCAUCGAGCUUGCCCAGGCCACACCCUCAACCAUGAAAUUUGAGAACCUUGCCAAGACCAUUUAUUGAUCAUGCAAUAAAUGAAUCAACGAGGCUACCCGAUCUGCAGCAAACAGGUAACUCAAGCCUUAUACAGCAGCUGCCCUGUUAACAACAUUCCUCUUAAACAGUCCAGACUCACUAGGGAAAGUGGCAGGCGGGAAGGACUGAUAUACAAGAGGGAGAAAUAGCCAACUUGAUGAACAAAGGUUGUUAUGGCAACAAAUGUGAUUAAAGAAAAAAAAAAGCUUUUUACAGACCAUCCCAGUAAUGUGUAAGGGUAUGUGUUAGGCAGGGGUCAUCAAGAUGAAAACAUUUUGCUAUCUGGGUGUGAAAAUUAUGUUGUUAACAGGGCAGCUGCUGUAUUUAUUACAUAAUAGUAUGUGGAGCAUUGGUCACUGUACUUGAGCUGGUGAUAGAAGGGAAGCAGUGGUCUGGGAGGAUCCUAAAGGGCAUCGGUCUGGUAAAGGAGAGCACUGGCUUUGGAGUAGGAAGACUUUUAAUCCCAGCUUUAUCCCUUACCAGCAAGUCAGCUAGGUGAGACAAUGAAUAGGACACUGGUCUUGGAGUUAGAAGGAUGCGAGUUACAAAACUGUUUCAGAAUUUAACUUAACCUUUCUGAACCCCGGUUUGUAAAAUUGGGAUAAUAGUACUUCUUGUUAGGUAGUUUGGUGGAUAUACCAUCAUCCCAGAGGUCAGGAAGACCCAAAUUCAAACCUGGCCUCGAGGCUUAUCAGUUGUGUGACCCUGAGUACUUCAUUUAAGUCUGCCUCAUUUUCCUCCUGUGUAAAAUGAGUUAGAGGAGGAAAUGGCAAACCACUCCAGCACCUUUGCCCCCCAAAACCCAAAUAAGGUCAUGAAGAGUUGGGCACGACUGAAAAGAAUUGAACAAGUACUCCUACAUUCAGAGGUUUAUUGUGGAGCUCAAACAAAACAUGUAAUGCUCUUUGCAAAUGUUAACAUGCUAUGUAGAUGCUAUUAUUCUUACUAUUAAUAUUAUGUCACCUUAUUUAAGUCUCAUUUUCCUUACCAGUCAAUACAGUGGAGAUAGUGACUAGAUUUACUUUAGCACCCAGUUCUCUGAAAGAAUAUUGCAGUGGGUUCUAUUUCUGACUCGCAGGCACUAAUUUCAAGACAAGUCGCUUCAUCUAUAAAAUGCCCACCUCACAAAGCAGUUAUCUAAUCUUGGGGGAAUAUAAGGAUAAGAUAGGUGAAAUUACUUCUCAAAAUAGUGACUAGAUUUAGAUAAUGAUCCUUCCUGGAGCAAAACACAUAAAAACACCUUUUCCGGUGUGGCCUAGCUGUAGCAAAUCUAAAACUAUGAUAAAGUGGCAGUGAUCAAAAUCAUUUGGUACUGGCUCAGAGAGUAGUGGAUCAGACACAAUACACAAUAAGUCAAUCACUAUAGUAAUCUAGUAUUUGAUAAACCCCCAAACUCCAGCUUCUGGAAUGAGAACUCACUAUUUAGAAAAAUUGUUGGAAAAAUUAUAAAAUUGUACGCCAGAAACUAGGCAUUGACAAACAUGUAACACCCUAUGCCAAGAUAAGGUCAAAAUAGGUUCAUGUUUUAGGCAUAAACGGUGAUACUAUAAGCAAAUUAGGACAGCAAGGGUAGUUUACCUGUCAGAUAUUAUAAGAAGGGAGGGAUUUAUGGUUAAAGAACUAGAGAACAUUAUGAAAUGUAAAAUGGAUAAUCUUGAUUAUAUUAAAAGUUUUUGCACAAACUUUC